AUGAUCAAGCUGCAUGUGUCAAAUAUUAUACGCUUUAAGAUCCGAGUCGAUUCGCGGCUAAAAAUCAACAAACCAUCGAUCGGCAUGGCAUAUCUUCAUCUUGCGCAUACGUUGGCAGAUGCUUUCAACGCCCUUGCUGAUGAAGUUCAGACCUUGACAGAUCGAAAGACUGUCUUGGAGCACAAGUUACGCUUUGCUCAUGAACAGUGGCCCUCGACACUGUCACACAGCCCGGCUUUCCCCUUUGCUCUCUUCCUUGGCCGCGCAAGCUCCAAACAUCGUUUCGGCGAUACCGGAGCGGAGCUGUUGAGCGUCUUCCCCUCCCAAUUCCAAUAUCUGGCUGACAAAUAUGCUCCGGCCGCACCUGAAAUAGCCGAUACCCUGGCUAAGCUCCAGAUACCUCCAAAUACACCUCUUGAUAAUUCAUUACCUGUUCCUCUACCUCUGCCAAGCUCGUACAGCUCCGGCUCCCAACAUCAGCUUGCCCUCGUCAUCCGUGACGGACGUCGAGUAGCUAAUCAGCUCGCCUCGCUUGGUGAAGCGAGUAAAACCACUGCCUCUAGCCGCGAGACUGAGUCGCAACUUUCCCACGUAGCCACCUCCAUGUCGACCGCGCUAGAACAAGACUUCACGGUCCAAGGAAAGAAGGGCCAUCUUCAAUGCCCGUUCUCCAAGCCCGCCACGGCCAGCGGCUCUGGGGCCCACGAUGAUGAUGCGCAGGACACCACUCCGCACCACUCGGCGGACCCCAUCUGCGCAGCCAUGUACGAAGAAUCUGCAUCUCAGCAAGCUCGAACAAAUGUGUCCUCAGCCAUCAAGUGUCCCAUCCGCUACAUGGAUAAGCACUCUGCACAGGAGAUCGCCCACUAUGUCGAGACGCAUAAGCAUGAACUCCCUCGCAGCCAUGAAGUUUGCCUCCGCCGGUACCAGCGUGACGAAGAUCAGAAGAAGAUAGAUUCUAAAUAUGGCGACAUUGUGAGCAUGAUUGAGGGCUUGGGCCAGUUGCAUGCACCCAUGUUGCCUGAAGCAGAGGACGAUCCGAACCGACCAAGUGAUGUCGCCCAGCCUUCUAACGAGAGGGUUGAGAACUGGGCACAAGCUGUUAGCGUAAACUCAGAUCCCGACCACACUCAGGUACCAACCCAGGAGGAUGGGGACCGACAAAGUCACUUCGAUCGACCACUCAAGGAGGUGCGAGUAGGGGAGUCCCCUAGUAGACCAUGGGGAAUAUCGAUUCCAGUCUAUGAACUUUCGGGUCAGGGCGAUGAUCAACCUAUGUCACCACCACCGGCGCCAGUUUGUAUGCCAGUCUCAGCUCAAACCACACCCAGCGCCCAAGAAUCUACCAAAAACAUGCCUGGCAAAUGCCCCUUCGACCACACAAAGCUGGCUGCUAUGGGCAUAUCUAUGCCGUCGAACCAUGAUGCAUCAUCAGUACACAUCUCGCACCAAGGACCGGAACACCCCCGAUCUCUCUCGCCCACCAAGGAAGAAAACGGUCCUCCUCCACCACUCCAUCAACACACAACACCACCUCAACCUACUUUCAUCAACCCCGACAUGAUCAAGGGGACAGGCAACGGACCACAGAUGAUUUUCACGGGGCCUGUAUUUAUUGGCUAUCCGAUGGAACAGGCGAUGCAGUUUAUGAACCAAUACAGAGGGAAUCAGUGAUUCCAUCCAUAGUAUUGGCAAUGUUUUUAUUUUUCAGUUUGCAUCAAAAGAAGAAUGCAUAAGCGAAGGCGUUGGCGCAUUUGAUUUAUUGGGAUGCUAGCGAUGUCUGAAUUUGAAUGGUAUGAAGCAGCCGCAAGAGAGCUGCAAUGCAAGUAACAUUGAUUGCAAACUUUGAUUCCAGUACAGCGACGUGAUAUCCAAACCUGGCUCUUAUAGCACAAACAAUUGCUU